AUGGACGACAACGCCGAGCUCGAGUCCUUUCGCCGCCAGUGGCGUGAAGAGGUCGCUCGUCGAUCCAAACCUACGGCCUCUGGACCUGUGCUUGAUGGUGCCUUUCCAUCCGCCGCUCCGAUCACAUCUCCGGCCCUGUUGACUGGGACUCGACCUCCGCCAACUCGCCAUGCCGCUACAGACCGAAAGGAUCUUGAUGAAGAGGGACCUGCGCCGGCAUCGUUCGACCCGGAGGAGCUGGCUCAGCAGGUCGGAGAGCUGAGUGUCACACAAGAGGAUGAUGAGGAAGAAGAUGGGUUCACUCGUCGGGCACAGCAGGAGCCCAACUCGGCUCUCGAGCACUUUGAGCGGGCGGUCGAGAAGGAAGCUGCGGGCAACUUGGGCGAUAGUCUUCAACACUAUCGCAAGGCAUAUCGGUUGGAUGCUGGUGUUGACAAGGCCUACCGCAACAAACACUUUGCCCACGUUUGGAAGAUGCCCGCCCAGCCCGCGCCAGCUGAACCUGCAGCCGCCGUUCCUGUGGCUGCUCCAGCGUCUACAGAAGUCGAGUUCAUCCCUACGCCAGAACUGAUCCAGUCCUUUGCCCACCUUCCUAUUCCCCAGGCAGACCCAAUAAUCGAAGGGACUGACCCGCCACCAUGCCCGAUCGCCAACGUUCCGUCAGAGGUUAUCGUCGAGAUUCUACGCCAUGUUGCGUUGCGAGACCCGGCGACCUUUGGCCGGAUGGCGCUGGUUUGCAAGCGGCUUGCAUACCACUUUGCACAUGAGCAGCACAUUUGGAAGCGGAUCUGUCAACGGCCAGAGUUCGGAUUCCAAGGAAUGCAUUACUCCUUCGUCUGCGAUACUCUCGGCCGUCCCGUUUACACGCUGGAGGAUCAGCGGUACACUCCCUUCCCAGUCGGAGUACCGAUCCCCAGUUCGCUGUCGUCUUGGAGUCAGGUGUUUCAGUCCUACCCACGCAUUCGAUUCACGGGCAUCUACAUCAGUACCGUUAAUUAUUCACGGCCCGGAGCCACAUCUUCAUUCCAGAAUGUGUCUUGGAAUAGCCCGAUCCACAUUGUGACCUACUACCGCUACCUGCGGUUCUAUCCGGAUGGAUCCGUGGUAUCGUUGUUGACCACGACCGAGCCUGUGGAUGUGGUGCCCUAUAUCAGCAAGGAGAACAUGAGGACUGCACGCGCGCCUUCCCAUAGACAACAUCAUCGAAAUGCUUCGGACCAGGGCCAAACGCUUUCGGGAGCAGCAGAGCCUGUCCCGCCAGUCGCCAUGAAUGCGCUGAAAUAUGGUCUCCGUGGACGCUGGCGUCUGGCUUCGCCUGCGGAUGUUGCGGAUAAAGCGGAGGAGCAGAAGACUCCUCCCAUGGCAAAUCAAAGCCCUGAAUCCUUUGAUCCGCGCGAUGUGAUCGUAGAGACUGAAGGCGUCGAUCCGAAGUACGAGUAUACAAUGCACCUGUCCCUUCGGUCACCUUCGGUAUCCAAGGCUCAUCUGAACCCAUCGCGGAACACCAAACUCGUGUGGCGUGGCUUCUGGAGUUAUAACAACAUCACCGAUGACUGGGCUGAGUUUGGGCUUCGGAACGACCGGGCGUAUGUGUUCCGACGGGUUCGUGGCUGGGGCCUGGAAUGA